AUUUUCCUUGUUUUUCAUAAAGGGGGCAUGGAACAGUAAAGUACUAAACUUUAUGGAUAGUAAAUCACAGAUGAAAAUCUAGCGAAGCAAUACAUGACAAUAUGACAUGGUAUCAGUAUGAUACUAUGAUUGCUCGCAAAAGCAAAAGCAAGAACGUUCCAAGGGAGAACAUGGCCGAUUGAUUUCUCAUAAUCUCACCACUCAAAACACACAAGCUCGUCUUUUUUCACUCUCCACAAGUUGCUUCUCUAUUACUGCUAAUAAUAUCACCGAUCUAUGCUCUCUGCACUUGUGCUUCUGUUACUUGCUGCUUUUCCACUUAGGUUAGGACUUAUGUGCAGUCAUUCACUUCUGAAUUCGGGUACUGGAAUCUUCCAUAUCAAAGGCUCUGUUUUUACGGGACCCUUUUCUGAAAAGUUUGCAACUUCGGUGACCGUAUCACUUUAUUAUUAUUGUUAUUGUUUUGUAUGAGAACUGUUUUGAUCUCCGAAGACUAGGUUUUGAGCAUGAUAGCUCAUAGUUGCAAUAGAGCAAUAGAUAGGUGACUAGAACUUUUUUCCAAUUAAUGCCUCGAAGGGUUUCGGCUUCUACUAUUGAGAGCCCGUGAUCUAGGACUAGGAAUAAAGUGAGUGUUAUUUUGGAUUAUUUAGGGUUUAGCUCUGUUCAGCUUGUAUAUUAAGAUUUGGGAAGUGGAAGGAUACGAAAAUAGAAAUAAGGUAGCCCUAAAAUUUAUGAUUUAGGAAUGGCUUCUUACAGGCCUUUUCCUCCUCAAUCUUCGUUUCGUCCACCAAGUCAAAGUCAAAACCCUGCUGGUGGAUGGAACUAUGGUGGUGGUGGUGGAGGAGGAGGAGGAGAUGCUGCUGUGUCUUCUUCAGCUCCCUCUACUUCAUUCCCACAAGGUGGUUACAAUCAAAUGCCUCCAAAUGCUGGAUAUAAUCAUGCUGCUGGUUAUGGAUCAUCAGCUUCACACCAUUAUCAGCAGUAUCCAUAUCCACCACCACCACCAGCUCCUCCUGAAACCUCAUACCCUCCACCACCACCUCCACCUGCACCUGCACCUGCACCUUCAAUGCCUCAACAAAAGUUGCAACCUCCUCAUGCUCCUCCAAUGUACUAUCCUCCUAAUCAAUACUCUCAGUACAAUCAGCAGCAGCCGCCACCGCCUCCUUCUUCGCCACCGCCCAGUGCAUCUAUGCCACCACCACCUCCCCCUAGUUCACCACCACCUCCUGCUUCAGCUUCUUUGCAAAGUCAAAGGAACGAGGAAAGGCAAUCGCAUGAUCGCAGUAAAGGGAAGCUGAAGGAGGCUUCAACUUCCGCCAGACGUGAACACAAGCAUUCCAAUCGUGGCAUUCCUCAUAAACAGCAGAAGCCUGCUGUUGCUCCAAUGCCAAUGAAGAAAUCAAAUGGGCCUCCUGGGAGAGCUGAGACGGAGGAGGAAAGGAGGUUGAGAAAAAAGAGAGAAUUUGAGAAGCAAAGGCAAGAAGAGAAGCACAGGCAGCAGCUGAAGGAUUCCCAGAACAGUGUUCUGCCAAAGACUCAGGUAUCUGGGAAGGGGCAUGGUUCGGUUAUAGGGUCACGGAUGGGAGAAAAGAGGACUACUCCCUUAUUGAGUGGUGAAAGGAUUGAAAAUAGGUUGAAGAAGCCAACUACAUUUCUAUGCAAGAUGAGGUUCCGAAAUGAACUUCCAGAUCCAAGUGCACAACCCAAGCUAAUGGCAUUCAAGAAAGAUAAAGAUGAAUAUGCAAAAUAUACGAUCACAUCCCUGGAGAAAAUGUACAAACCCAAGCUUUUUGUGGAGCCUGAUCUUGGGAUACCUUUAGACCUGCUUGAUCUCAGUGUUUACAAUCCUUCCAGUGUUAGACCACCCCUUGAACCAGAAGAUGAAGAACUGUUGCGAGACGAUGAAGUUGUUACUCCAAUGAAAAAAGGUGGCAUAAAAAGAAAAGAAAGACCUACUGACAAAGGUGUUGCAUGGCUUGUCAAAACACAGUAUAUAUCUCCUCUAAGCAUGGAAUCGACAAAACAGUCUUUUACUGAAAAGCAAGCAAAGGAACUGAGAGAGAUGAAGGGUCGCAAUAUUUUGGAAAAUAUUAACAACAGGGAAAGACAAAUAAAGGAAAUAGAAGCAUCAUUUGAAGCGGCUAAAUCACAUCCCGUUCACGCAACUAACAAAGAUGUGUAUCCUGUUGAGAUUCUGCCGUUGCUGCCUGAUUUUGAUAGGUACGAUGAUCAGUUUGUUGUUGCGGCAUUUGAUAAUGCUCCUACAGCUGAUUCUGAAAGCUACAAUAAGUUGGACAAAUCUACACGUGACGCCCAUGAGUCGCAGGCAAUUAUGAAAAGCUAUGUUGCAUCUGGUUUGGAUCCUGCAAAUCCCGAGAAAUUCUUAGCUUAUAUGGUCCCAGCACCUGGAGAGAUGUCAAAGGAUAUAUAUGACGAAAACGAAGACGUCUCAUAUUCUUGGGUCCGCGAAUAUCACUGGGAUGUACGGGGCGAUGAUGCACAUGACCCUACGACGUACUUGGUUUCGUUUGACGAGUCAGAGGCACGCUAUUUGCCUCUUCCUACAAAGCUUGUUUUAAGAAAAAAGAGAGCCAGAGAGGGAAGAUCUGGUGAUGAGGUUGAACAAUUUCCAAUACCUUCAAGAGUGACUGUAAGGCGACGGCCGAACGCCGCUGCAAUUGAACUGAUGGAUUCUGAGGCUUAUGCAAAUACGAAGGGAGGGGACAUAGAAAUGGAUGAUGACGACGACAUGGAAGAGCAACAUAGAGUUGCUAUGCAGCAGCAGGAUAAUUAUCAGUCUAGUGGAGCAGAAGAUGACAUCUAUGAUUGAUUGAUUCUUUGAUGCAAAUUUUGCUGCUGCACCUUCAUGAUAAUUUCUCCACCAAUUUGUUUUUGUAUUGAUGGUGGCUGGUAGCUGAAUUUGAAGUGACUUAAGAUUCUCCAUUGAAGGAUGAAAAAUGAGAUGAGAAUCGCCAUGUUAUAUGCCGAUUUCAACUCAUACAUUGUACUUCCCAAUUGUAGGCAGUUUUAAAGUUAUAGGUUUUUCUGUUAAUUAAAAUAGAAAAUAAUGAAAAAUAAGAAAAUGUAAAAAUAUGUGUAAGGUAACAUGUUUCUUAUUAAUUCGGUAUAUUUGUUGGCCAAAUUUUUAAGAUCUUAGUUUCUUUGGAA